AUGGCAGAACUGUGCCGCAUGGAUUCCACGCUGACGGCUCUGGAUGAGGAGAUGCUCUGGGACAUGCUGGAGAGCCACCGCUGCAAGAUCGUACAGAGCAUCUGCCCCAGCCGCCUCACCCCCUACCUGCGCCAGGCCAAGGUGCUGAGCCAGCUGGAUGAGGAGGAGGUCCUCCACAGCCCCCGAUUCACCAACAGUGCCAUGAGAGUUGGGCAUCUGUUGGAUCUGCUGAAGGCCCGAGGGAAGAAUGGGGCCGUCGCCUUUCUGGAGAGCCUGAAGUUCCACAACCCUGAUGUCUACACCCUGGUCACUGGACUGCAGCCUGACAUAGACUUCAGCACCUUCAGUGGUCUCAUGGAGACAUCCAAGCUGACUGAGUGCCUGGCUGGGGCCAUCAGCAGCCUGCAGGAGGAGCUGGCCCAGGAGAAGGCGCAGAAGGACAUGCUGCUUCGGAGAUGCCAGCAGCUGAAGGAACGCCUGGGCUUGGCUGAGACCCGUGCAGAGGGCCUGCGCCAGCUGGAGGCUGACCACAGCCGCAUGAAGCGUGAGGUCAGUGCCCACUUCCACGAGGUCCUGAAGCUGAAGGAUGAGAUGCUGAACCUGUCACUGCACUACAGCAAUGCACUUCGGGAGAAGGAGCUGGCUGCCACACGCUGCCACAGCCUGCAGGAGGAGCUCUACCUGGUGAAGCAGGAACUACAGAGGGCAAGCCUUGUGUCAUCAUGUGAACGAGAAUCUCGAGAGAGGUCCCUGAGGCUGGCCAGUGACCUGGAGUGUGAGGGAGAGGAACUGAACCGUCUUAAGGAGGAGAAUGAAAAACUCCGCUCCAUGACCUUCAGCCUGGUGGAGAAGGACAUUCUGGAACAGAGCCUGGAUGAGGCCCGGGAGAGCAAGCAAGAGCUGGUGGACCGCAUCCACUCACUGCGGGAGCGAGCAGCAGCCGCAGAGAGGCAGCAGAAGCAGUACUGGGAGGAGAGAGAACAGACCCUACUCCAGUUCCGGAAGACCCAGGUGGACUGUGAGCUGUACCGAGAAAAGAUGACCACACUACAGGGCCAGGUGGCUGAGCUCCAGAAGGAACGUGACCAGGCAUACACAGCGAGGGACGGGGCCCAGAUGGAGAUGGCUCAGCGCCUGGUGGAGAAGGAUGCCCUGCGCAGGCGAGUGUUCGAGCUGACAGAGCAGGUCUUCGAGCUGCGCACUCAGCUGCGCAGGCUGCAGGCAGAGCCCCCAGGAGGACCCGAGCAGGAAGCUGGAGCCAGGGAACUCUGCCUCCGGGGGAAGCAGCGGCUUGUGCGGAGGCAUGCCAUGUGCCCACCAGAUGACAGUGACUGCAGUCUCCUCAGCUCCACUGAGUCCCGGCUGUGGUGGGACCUGAAUCCCACAUCCAGCCGUGAGCAGAUGGACAGCUUCCGCUCCAGCAGCCCCAUGCCUCCCAGCCAGCAGUCCCUGUACAAGCGGGUGGCAGAGGACUUCCUGGAAGACCCUGAGUCUCUAAGCUUCCCAGAAGUCCUGGAGGUGCGCCUUCAAGGGGCUAUAGGGGAUGACACAGACACAGACCUUGAGUAUGAGAUACUAGAUGGAGCAGAUCUCUCCCAGUCAGAAGACAGCCUGCCUGAGUCUUCACAGAGCCUAAAUGUCUCAGAAAGCAACGCCCCUGUGAGGCGGAGGCCAGCUCGCAAGAUCCUGAGCCAGGUCACAGUGCUGGCAUUCAAAGGGGACGCGCUGCUGGAGCAGAUAGGCGUCAUUGGUGGGAACCUCACCGGUAUCUUCAUUCACCGUGUCACCCCAGGCUCUGCAGCUGAUGAGAUGGCCUUACGUCCUGGCACCCAGAUCAUGAUGGUGGAUUACAAGCCAACUGAGCCAUCAUUAAGGGCCACUCUGGAGAAUACCACGCUGGAGCAGGCUGUGGGGCUUCUCAGGAGGGUGAACGGUUCCUGCUACCUGUCCGUGAAGAUCAACACUGAAGGUUAUAAGAACUUAAUCCAGGACCUAGAUGCCAAAGUGGUGACCUCUGGGGAUUCCUUCUACAUCCGAGUCAACCUGGCCAUGCAGCGAAAGGGAGGAGGGGAGCUGCAUACACACUGCAAUGAUAUCCUGCAUGUCACUGACACCAUGUUCCAAGGUCGGAGCUGCUGGCACGCCUAUCACGUGAACCCUUACACCAUGAAAGACACGGAGCCUGGUACCAUCCCCAACUAUUCACAGGCUCAGCAGCAGCUCCUGGCCCUCAUCCAGGACAUGACUCAACGGUGCACAGUUCCCCGCAAGCCUUCCGGAGGACCACAGAAGUUAGUACGCAUUGUCAGUGUGGAAAAAGCCGGCGCCAGCCCUCCCUCUCCGUCGUUUGACCAAGGCCAGCCGACUUCUGGUAGGGAGGAAGGUGGCUCCAGCAUGUGCUUCUGGGCAGAGAACUGCUUCACCCUGGCCCCAUACACCCUGGUGCACCCCCACAGGCCUGCCCGGCCCCGGCCCGUGCUCUUCGUGCCCAGAGUAGUUGGGAAGAUCCUGAGUAAAAAGCUCUGUCUCCUCCAAGGCUUUAAGCAGUGUCCAGCAGAGUACUUGAGCCAAGAGGAGUAUGUCACCUGGAGCCAGAGAGGAGAUAUCAUCCAGGAGGGAGAGUCAAUAGGUGACCACCACUGGGUCACCCGGCAUGCUGUGGAGUCCCUCAUGAAUAAGAGCACCCACGCCCUGCUGGAUGUCCGGCUGGACAGUGUCCGUGUCCUGCACAGGAUGGACGUCUUCCCCAUUGUCAUCCAUGUUUCCGUCAACGAAAAGACAGCAAAGAGACUCAGGAAGGGCCUGCAGCGGCUUGGCACCUCAGAGGAGCAGUUCCUGGAGGUGGCACGGCAGGAGGAGGGGGAAUUGGACAGAGUGCCCUGUCUGUACAGCAGCCUGGCCUCUGACAGCUGGAGUGACCUGGACAGUCUGCUCAGCUGUGUGCGCCUGGCCGUUGCAGAUGAGCAGAAGAAAGUGGUGUGGACGGAGCAGAGCCCCUGCUGAAGCCCCAAUCUGGCUUAGGACUGUGUUGACCUCUAUGUCUGUCGAUGCCAUUAGCAAACAACUCAACUUCCUUCUCUGGUCAGGGUCUGACCUCACGAAGUGCUCACAGCAGCCAGGGUGUAAAUGAUGAUGCCACCUUCCCACAGCAUGGCCUGGGCUGAUGGAGGACUGGAGAACAUUCUGCCAUGUGGAGGUCCUUCCUAAGACGGGCUCAGUGCAAGUGCCCCAACCUCCUGUGAUAAUGGGAAUAGCUUUGUGGGACUGUCCCCUCCUUUUACACUUUCGAUGCUAAAGGAUUCUUGCAAGCUUACAGGAGUAGCCAUCCCUGCCCAGGGCAGGGGCACAGACUCCAGGCCCUGAGGGCAUGGCUAACUCACCACAACUAACAGCCAGUGCUGCCAGACACCUGCAGACAAGGUUGCCAUGGCACCCAGACUUGAGUUGCUCUUUGAUUCAUGGCCUCAUGGCCAGCCCCAAACACCAGGUUUCUCUGGUAGAUGACCUGGAUAGAGCCAAUGGACUCUUCCCAAGAGAACUUAACUCUCAAACUGACAUUACACCCCGUGCAGGUGAUGUCACCACCUAGCCAUAAAUGAAUCAUUUGGACAGGGUAUUUGAGUCUCAGUGCCUAAGGUCUGGUGUGCUACUAUGCAGGUCUGUGUACUUAUUACACUAUCAUACAGAGCUUUUCCAAUGCUAGAACCCAUGGCUCUCCCUGCCUCCCAGGAUGGAGUUGAUGGUGGACAAUGGGACAGACCCUCUCCUAGGUUUGCAGGCUGUGCUUCUGGCCCUUGGCAAGUGAAGGAAGGGAAAGGCUGGGCCAGAAGCUUGGUGUCACUCAAAGAGAGAGAAUGAAAGGCAAAGAGAAAGUACUGUCACACCCUGUCCUCAGUCACCCUCAGAAAGGACAAGCUGAGCCCAGAAGGACCACAGGAUCAAACUCAUCACCUCUGAGAACCAGUGAGAACCCUCAGACCUCACCCCUCCAUCUGCAGGUCAAAUUUGGGAUUCUGCCCUGCCCAAGUUUCCCCUACAACUCCUGGGUCAGUUCACACAGAUGUGAGAACAGCAGUGUUCCUGGUGUGGUGGCAACAUGAGGGAGUGCAUACCUGAAUGUCCUCUCCGGCAGGCAGGAGUGGCAUCCCACAUUAUAGAGGAGCCCUCCUCAGAAGGAUGUAUAGAGAGCGGCUGUGGACACUGCCUCCAUUGCCCCUCCCUUGGGCCUGAGUGCAGGCAGGCUGCCAAGUGCCCCAGGGACUGUCAGAGCUCGUUGUGAAGAGGUCGGCACUGCGGUGUGAGCUUUUCCUCCAGGAUCCCGUCAGGGGCACACACCCAGGGGUCAUGCGUCUCCCACUGCCAUUUGGCCAGCUGGGCUUUCAGCAUCUCCAGUACUUGCGAGAAGUGUGGGUCAGCGGCUAGGUUCUGUGUCUCUCGAGGGUCCCGGCUGACAUCGUAGAGUUCCCAGCGUUCCCGGUAGUAGUAAUGGUGGAGAUCCUUAUACCAGCCUGUGGGCUGGCCAGCUGUGGUUCGGUUCAGGAGGUCCUGAAAGGUCGGCGAGACAUAGAAAUCUUGGUCGAUGGGAAAUGGCAUCUUGAAGCUGAGGUUGUGAAUGAGGCGGAAGUUCUGGUGGUGUACCGAGCGCAUGGGGUAGGACAUGGUGACCUCGUGGUGGCUCUGGCUGCUGAAGACAGUGGCCCAAAGGGGCUCUGCCUCCAGCACUGGCAGGAGGGAUCGGCCUGUGAGCUGGAUCGUCUUUGAGCCAAAGAUAGCAUAGCUGGGAUAUGGAACGUUGAACCAGUCCAGGAUGGUGGGCAUGAGGUCUGCAAAGGAGUAACUCUUAGCAGGGGUUCCUGAGGGACACAGAGCCCUUCAGGAGGGGUGAACCCGAGCCCCUCUGGAAAUCCCAUGGGCACCCUGUAGGAUCAGAUCAGCAGUGGGGAGGGACUACUUUGGGCCACACCUCAUCAUUGGUCACCUCUGGCCUGUGGAGCCAUUAACAGUGUAACCAGAGGCCCUGGCUUGCUGAGAUCUAGGAACCUUCUAAAAUCCCAUGGACCAGAAGAACCCUGGGUAGGGAGGGCUCAUCUAGUCACUCUGGGUUGGUUACAUGAUUCCCUUACUCAUGGUUUGUGGUCACAUGGAGAGGUGGGUGCAUGCCAGAGGGAGCCUAUCUCCUAACCCCUGAGAAGAACACAGAGGCACUUCCAAGCAAUGGGCUUGAAAAGCUUCUUCCAGGACUGUUUAACUCCGCCCUCCAUUUCCCACACCUGCAGCCAUGUUUGCUCAUUCAUGGUGUGGGGCUAGAGAACCAGGCCCUCAGAACCGAGUUACAUGAGAGACUCUGACCCUGAGAAAAAGGGAGAUGUCACACUGGUUCUCCAGUGAGUAACCCACAGUCCAUUAGUACCACCUGGGACCCCACCAGAAACUCGUGGUGUUGACAUGACAGGGACAGGUCUCCCAGGUGACUCACUCUCAUCAUGUAAUGGAGGAAGCUGUCUCGUCCUUGCCCAAGUGGUAGAGCACUACCUAUGUCAGGGGAGCACUCCAGCAUCUGACCCAUGGCAGUCCCACUGAACACUGGCUUCUCCUAUCCCCGCCCAUGAGACAGACAGACAGACAGCCAUACCUAGAAGGCUCACAUAGGCCUCGCUGACCUGGCCCCAACGUUGUGGGUGCUCUGGAGAUGACACCAACAAAGGUUCAGCUGUACCAGGCCAGUAUAGGUUGGUCCUGCCACUGGGGAAGGGAAUCCCAUUGUCGGAUGUGAAGAUGAUGAGGGUGUCGUUCAGUACGCCCGCACUUCUCAGCUCCUGGAGCACCAGCCCUACCCCUGGGGAGCAGGAGGAGGGGGAAGGCUCAGGUGCGUGUAUCCAUUCACCCCUGGGCUCUAUUACUUUCUGGCCCUGAAACACCCUUUUGGUCCUUUCUAUAUGCCCAGUCUGCCCAACACCACACAGCUCCUGGUCUUGAGCAGGUCACAUUGCUUCCAGGGACCUCUCAUCCCUCAGAACUGCUGCCAAACCAGGCAGCUGCUACUGCCCCAAGCAGUCUUGUUUUAGACUCUUGUGUCUGUCCUGUGGAGCAGAGAGACACUUGGGUAGGAGCCUGAAGAUAUGACACCCCUCUAGGGCCCUUCUAACAGCUCCAGUAGGAACAUGGUCCCAGUACUACCUCCUGUGGGGCUUGAAACCCCACCCCAGACACACCAGCAGGAUCUGUGAAUGUGACCAGACAGAAGUUAAGGAUCGCAGGAGGACAUUAUCCUCGGGUGCCUGGGUAGGCCCUUCUUAGUGAAGCCAGGAGCGGUGACUCACUUCUGUAAUCCCAGCACAAGACAGGCAGAGGCAGG